CCGAAAAAAAGUCGAAUAGCUUACAUUUUAAUCCUUAUCAUAACUUUCAUUAUUCUAUACCUAGAAAGCAGUAAAAGUCCAGAUUUUGAAAGUAAAAUUAAAGAAAUUAAAGAAAAAGGAGGAAUUUUUCUAGAAAAUAUUCAAAAUAAUGAUGCUGAGAUGACAAAUAACUUAAAUAGACAUGUGUUUUUUAUCGACGGUGACGGAGAGACAGAAGCUGUUAUCAGAAAUGCUAAGAAGGCAUGCAAUAUUGAAGCUGCAGGUAAAACAGACUUGUUUGUAUUGAGUUACUACGUUUGAAUGAAUUUGUUGCUUAACAGACUUUUUUCUGAAAUUGAGAAAAAAAAUAUUUUGACUAAAUUAUAAUAAGAUAAAUUGUAUAUGUGGCUACUUUUUAUUUAUGAGUCAUGACAAGCUAGAUUUGAGAACUUUUAAACUUUUAAACUAGAAUUUCGCACUUAUCCAGAAUUUCCUAUAAUUAAUAAAAAUUGAUAACCGGAUUAAUGCUCGACAUAUGUUCUUAAACAGCUGGUAACGAUAAAGUUCUCAACAUUAAACUACUAAGUACCUGUACAUCAGGGAAUUUAUGGAAAAAAAGCUAUGCUCUACUGCUCCUGCUGUAAAUAAAAAUCAUUAUUUAAUAUUCUUACAUCCCCGAAUAGCACAAGUCGAUUAAUCGAAUAGAAAUCCGUCGCCCAGCUGUCAUGACUCUGGCAAGGUGAUAGGUUUGAUUUAAAUUUAGCACUAUGCCAGCGUCAUACCGGCUUGGUGCUAAUUUUAUGAUCGAUUAACCGACUUAUGCCUUUCGGGAUCUUAAUAAUUUCAGCCAACCUCAAUCCAGACUAUACAAUUCAUUUAAUAUUCUUAACUCCAACACAUCAAAUGAUGCUACGUUAUACAACUUUGUUGAAGGUCCUAAUGUCAUAUAAAAAUAUUAAAAUUCAAUUUAUGAAUGUUAAGGACUACUGCAAAGGAACAGAACUAGACAGCUGGAUUAAAGGAGAUCCAUUUUGGAAAUAUUCGACUGGACAAAUUGCAGAUGUUAUGAAAAUUAUGAGCGUUUUUAAGUAUGGAGGUGUAAUCAUGAAUUUCGAUACUUUGUCAAUACGAUCAUUACAUGAAAUUGACCAUCCGAGUUUUGCAUGUUCAGCUCAUGGAAGGUUUGCAAUUUAUGAUGGAGUUGUUCGACUUGAUACGAAAUUUGGAAGCAAACUUGCUUUAGGGUUUUUUGAACGACUGCAAAAAGCCUUCCAAAUGAUUCCAUUGUCAUCAGGUGAGGAGAAGGAUGAGUUCAUCAAUAAAGAGUCUGAAGACCCUCACGAUCCACAUCGACUUCUUUCAAAUACACUUCAGUCAUCAUGUCCUGAUGUCAAGUUUCAUAGCAACACAUCUGUUGAGUGCGAUGAUAUUUUGAUUUUCCCAACAGACAAAUGUGCCCAAAAACUAGGCAGAAGUCGCAGCAAAAUGUUUAUGUUAAAUAAUAAGAAAUUUCCUCAAUCUGAAGUGUCGAAUUCCUUUUUUGUCAACAUUGAAACCAAAGGCAGCAAUUCAGGAUACUUAAAAAUUUAUAAACGUUCAGAUUAUGCCAAACUAGCAAGAAAAUUUUGUCCAAAAGUUGUCAAGUCUUCUGGAAAGUUUAUCUAAAGCAUGUGUAGACAUACUAAGGUCUGGAAUUUUAUAAAAUAUUGUUUACUAACGGAAAUAUUUUCAUACAAAUAAGUAAAUAGUUCAUUUGUGUCAUCGAUCUCAUUUCAAAACAAAUGACGAAAAAAAUAAUAAAUAAUAAAUAUCAUGUGAUCGUGUUGAUUUGAAUGAAAUAAUUGAAAGUAUUCAAAAAAUAUGUUUUUUGCCCUAAAUUUUAAUAAAUGUGUUAAGUGACGUCAUAAAUUAAUGUUUAUCAUCUCAGAUUCGCUGUCGCUAUUGUAAAAUUUUA